UAAGUGCAUCCAUCACUGAAAAAAUCUGCAAUUUUACGAAAUUAUGCUCUACAUAUUUUUGCUAAAACGGUUUCACAUAAUUCUGUGUUUCAAAGAACAAAUAAAAUCCUGAAAAAACGAAUCGUUAAAAAUCUAAAUUUCAUCUCACUACUACAAACUUACGAAAAUUCGUCUCCCUUUUUCCAAAAUUCUGCAAAUUUCAAAGAGUUCAUUGAAACCCUGCAAAAAAUGGAAUUCCUUAAACUACCGAUGCUACAAUUACCCCCAAAUUUGAGGAAACUUCUCGACAAAAACGGUGGCCUUUACAGUUUCCAUAAAUUCCAAGAGGACAAAAUCGUCGCCAAGUGUAACCUCUGUCCAAACAAAGUCAUCAAAUGUUCCAUCACCGUGAGCUCCAAUCUUCUCAGCCAUUACAAGACGGUUCAUCCCCACCAGUACAAAGCCUGGAUGGAUAAAAAACAGCAAACAAUAAUGACCAGAAAUCAAUUACUUGUUACAACAAAGCGGAAAUAUUUUACGGAUCCGAAACCCAAUAAAAUUGAAGAGGAAACCAUUUCACACAAAAAUCUGGUUAUUCCCAUCACCAAAUUUUUAAUCUCGACCUCCUCCCCGAUGUCCAUUCUUCAAGAUGCGACCUUCCUUGAUCUCGUCAAGUGUCUCAAUCCUACCGCAAUCCUACCCAAGGAAAGCCUUAUCAAGACAAAAAUCGAAACCCUUCGUCACUCUUUGGUCUCCGAAUUAAAGGAUACAUUCGCCCAACUUGAUUUCCUCUGUGUCACGGCGGAUUCUUCGGAAACGUCGACGUCGACCCAACUAGUCAAAAUCACGGCACACUGGUUGUCGUCGUCCGAUUUGACGAAACGCGACUCCGCUGUGCUGGCAGUACGCAGAUUUAAUAAACAUCAAGGACGCCACGAAAUUCUGGGGCUUAUCUCAUCCACCCUAUUUCACGAGUAUGGUCUCGAUAAGGACAAAAUUGUGUGUAUUAUGACAGGAAGUAACUGGCUGAAAUGUGGCGAAAAUUUGUCUUACGGUUAUCAAGGUCAAGAUCAAGGUCACGGCGACAUUGAUACUGAUAUUCAGCACAAAAUCCAUCCACCCCAUUUACAAUUCGUGUCCGAUACUCUAACUCGUAUCGCGGAGGAAGAACCCACCAAGAUUUCUGAUCCAGUUUUCCACUCCGCAUUUACAAAAUUCAGUACCCUCUGCACUCUCGCGUCUUCCAAACCUUUUCUCGACAACCCAAAAAUCUUCUUCCCACCCCACCAAAUAUCCGAUUGGACCUCAAAAUUCGACGCUAUCGCGGCCCUCCUUUCCACAAAAGCUGAUUCCCUCCCCGAAAUUUGCCACGCUUUCAACCUGCCAAAUUUUACCCCUGAAGAAAUCGCAUCCUUAUCCCGAUAUUCCUCAAUCUUAUCUCAUCUCCACUCCACCAUCACAAAUUUCCACUCUUCGGAAACUUAUUUUGGUGACGUUUUCCCCGAAAUUCUUCGCCUUCACGUCAAACUAACCGAUAUUCCGAACGAUCCGCUCGCUACCCGGAUAAUUUCCGCCCUACAAACUAAAUUCGGACCCUUGUUCGAAUUUUCCCCGAAAUCCGAAUUCUUCAUCGUCGCUUCCAUAGCACACCCAUUUUUCAAAACGAGAUGGAUCCCAUCUCAUCGCAUGGACCAGUGCAAACAGAUCUUUUACAAGGUCGCGCUUGAAAUGGGGGACAAAAAUCUUGAAUAUUCCCAACCUCGCAUCCACGACGAAAUUGUUUCAAAAAAGGCCAAACGGUUUGGAUUUGAUGAAGAUGCACAUAACCUCAAAAAUCCAGUGGAACUCGAAUGUCUCAAAUAUUACGAGGAAAAGCGGACAGAUUUCCACAUUUUAGACGAGUAUCCAUUAAUUCGACGUAUUUUCCGGAAGUACAACACCCCAUUGACCUCAAAUCCUGAAGAAUCGAGGUCAUUUAACCGCUUUAAUGACGACGAUGACGCUCUAUUCGAAGCCAUCGCCAUGCUUAAAAUCAAUUUUAGUGACACGAUUAAUGAUCUCGACUAUAGUGCACAGUGUAACAUUAAAUUGGAACCAAUUUCAUAAUUUUAACUUUAAUUAAUUAUUUUGCAAAUUAAGAUGGAUUAUUCACAAUUUAAAUUAGAGAUUUUGCAU